AUGCCUUCAGCCUUUGAUCAACUCAAGUCCUCACAAAAGAAGACGAAGAUCAUCAAAUCUGCAUAUGACAGCGAGAGCUUCGACGCAGAUGGGACCAUACAUGUUGACGGCCUGGUUGGCUCGGCCACCAUCUCCCCUUCUGGGCGAGACGUUGCCUUGGCCUCACCUGAGGGCCUGGCCAUCAUCGACCUUGACUCUCCCUAUAGCCCUCCCCGCCGGCUGAGCAGCCAUGGCUCUCCGUGGCUGGUGGUCGACGUGCAGUGGUCACCCUUUGCCGCCCGCGACUACUGGGUUACGUCUACCGCGAACCACCGAUGCCUAGUCUGGAACCUGAAUUUGAGAGACGACUCGACCUCUGGGGCCAUUGAGCAUUCUCUGCAGGGCCAUAGCAGGGCCAUCACUGACAUCAACUUCUCCGCCCACCAUCCUGACUCCCUAGCGACUUGUUCCGUCGACGGCUAUGUGCACUGCUGGGAUCUGAGAAGACCUCGACAGCCCGCUAUCACCUUCUGCGACUGGUUUGCGGGCGCCACACAGGUCAAAUACAGCCGCCAGGAUCCCUUCAUCAUCGCUUCCUCUCAUGACAGGUGGCUUCAUAUCUGGGACGAGCGGAAGUGUUCUGAGCCUCUCAGAUCCAUCAGCGCUCACACUUCCAAGAUUUACGGUAUCGACUGGAACCGCACCAGGGCCAGCGCGAUUGUGACCUGUUCUCUGGACAAGAGCAUCAAGUUCUGGGACUACGAGAAGGAGGGUGAUGUACCCGAGAGGGUCAUCAGGACCGAUUUCCCUGUCUGGCGUGCCCGACACACCCCCUUUGCCUGGGGUCUGCUGGCUAUGCCCCAGAACGAGCCUGGAAAUCUUUACCUGUUCGACGGGCGCAUGGAUCAUGAGACGCCCACCGAUGGCCCAGUAGAGCCUGUUGCUGUGUUUGAAGGCCAUGGAGAUCACAAGGCCAAGGAGUUCCUGUGGAGGACCCGUGGCGGGAUCUCGGACGAAGGGAUCGACAGCCGCGAGUUCCAGCUCGUCUCCUGGGGCGAGGACAACAAGCUUCGACUGACACGUCCCGAGCCAUCGACUCUGGAAGGGGUUGGGUACGUGAAGGGUAUGGAGGCCGAGAAGAAUGUCGUUCUCACAAGGCAGGGCGCCACGUACAAGACGUUUCGGACAGUCGAUGACGGGAGUCACCACCGCAGAGCAGCGACAAUGAGUGAUCCCCAUGCCGCCGGGAUGCGGCAGAGCGCCCUCACCCUUGGCAUGAAGAUCCCAUCAUACCGGACCGGGCCAUCCUGGAGAGGGCCGUCCAUGAAAGCCAAGAGCACAAACACCAGGAAGGUCGACCGCAGCCAGGCUCAGAUGAAUUGGAUGAAAGGCAUCACCAUGACCAAGAGGAAAACGAGUUCUGAUUCGCCCAACCGAACAGCAUCAAAGGACUCGAGCAUUUUUGGGCCAUUCUUGCAGCAGGACUAUUGGGCAGAGCCCGAGACCCUGCAGGAGGAGUUUGUACGCAUUAGCGAGCAGCUUCCAAAUGUCAAGUGGGACAGCAUAGAUAUGGACAGCCUCAUACUCAACGCCUCGCUCAAGGGUCCCUGGGGAGUCGAUGAGGAGGACAUCUUCCUCAAGGUGAAAGUUGACAUCCCUCGUGCCUAUCCCAAAACCAAGGCACCCAGUUUCAUCAUAGAGAACAAUGCCUUCAUGCCAGAAGGCACUCAUGAGAAGCUGGAGAGAGAAGUCCAUCAGAUUGGUGAACAGUACUUGAAACGGAAACAGAACUGUCUGGCGGCGGCUUUCUCUUACCUAUUGGGAGAGACUAAUCUGGCCGAAAGUACAAACUUCUUCAGGAACGUACGAGACCUCGACGACAUCGAUGUACUCGCAGAUGAGAGCUCGAGCGAGGAUUCCGAUAACGACAUACCCGCAGGUGGCUCAGCAGCAAUGUCACAGGAUCUGACAGCAAGCAUCGAGAUCGAAAAUACUCUCGCACCCAUCAGUCGUCCCACCUUACCUCCGGUAUACAGAACGUGCGGUGCACGGUUCUCAAAUGAUGGCCGAUUGGUGACCUUCUUCCCUACGAAAGAGGCCAAGGCCCUUCUCUUCAGCCCCAACGAUACCUUCAAGGAGAAGCCCAAGGAUCAGCCGACAUUUGCUGGUUUUGGCCGUCUGACCCACGAUUCCCCUCCGCCGCGCAAGCGCUAUCUCGAUGGCGAGGCUUCAGCCGUCGAUGAUCUAUCAGCUUUUUCAGAUGAUUCAGAGGACUCUUCGUCCUCCAGUGAUUCCGAGUUGACGACCAUGCACAAGAUUAGUCUCUGGUACCGCCCUGGGCGUCGCCUGCACAAGACGUGGAGUGCUAAUGAUUCCCUCCGAUCGAGUGGUGGGGGCACCGGUGCUGGGACCGGCACAGGGACUGGCACGAGUCGGCGCCGUGCUGGACGGCCAAAAAAUGUUGUCAAACUCUUUGAUGUGCGGGAUAUGCUCCCUUCCAAGAAGCAGUUCGCGCAAGAGUAUGCCAUAUUCGGCAAUGGAGCUCAAGUGUGUGCACAUAACGCCCAGGUAGCAGAGAGAUACGGCUACCCAGACAUGGUCAACAUCUGGAAGUAUGCCGCUCUUCUUUUAAGAUCAAAUAUUCCGCUGGAGAUGCGCGAGCCGCGCCAGAAGAAUAAGUCGGUGCUCGUCAUCGCCAAGGACGUCCUCGCAAGGUAUCGAGACGGCGAAAGCUCAGCAAACGGGGCUGAACUCUUGACAGGCCGCGUCAAGUGGGGCAAUCAUCCUCUUGCCCAAGAAUUCGUCAAAGACUUGUUUGAGUACUUUGAGCAGCUCGCAGAUGUCCAGAUGCUCGCAAUGCUGUCUUGCAUAUUCGGAGAGUCGUCCACCGACGAUCCUGUGCCCUAUGCCGAAUCACGCCUCCCACAGCCAGAAACGCCUUUGCCAAUGAAGGCGCCUUCGUUUUCUCUAGAGUACUUUCCAACAGACGCCAUGGAAUGGGGCAUGCAGACCAGAAGUGGUUACAGCUCUGUGGUGCACACUCCUCGGACGUCGCAAACGCCUCUCAUCACAUCAGAUCCACAAAGUCCGGAUGGUCUAUGGAUAGGCGAGCCCGGAUCGCAGUCUUACUCGAACUCGACCGGUGAGACCCCUCCUCAGAGAUCCCUUAGGGAUUACCUCAGCGACGUCGAACAGACGCAGAGUCUGUCUACCUCUCCGAACGACCGCUCCAUGCGGCGAUCACAGUCGUCCGUCUUAACCACCACGUUCGCCUCAAACUUAUCACGCGGUUUCACAUCCAUGACAUCCUCGUCACCUCCGAGCCGAAAGCGUCCCAGCCCGGCCGAGACAAUACUGUCGCAUAUUCCGAGCAACAUCACCUGGGGUGGCUCGACCUACUUUGGUGCAGGCCAGCCAGACACUACCGAGACGACAAGGACUUCCAUAUCUGACGACGAUUUCCGAAGAGAUGAGUUGGUGUCCAUGGUGCCAGUGAAUGUAAAUAUCACCCUAGAGAACGAGAUGGCCUUUGAUGACGACGGAUGGUUGUCUACACCGCUGCUGGAUCCUACCCGGGAUGCAGCCUACGCAAGCUACCGGUAUGCCUACGCAGAAAUGCUCCAGGUAUGGCAGCUGCCACUCGCACGUCUCGAGAUCAUGAAAUUCAAUGUCUUCAAAGACAGCUGGAAUGGCACCACGCCAGGCAUGGAGAACGGGACGCCCGCCGAGGGUACCUAUCACGAGUCCGACAACCAUGACAGCGGUAGCCACAGCGCAACAGGUACGACAUCACCCACCGUUCUUCUCGGCAGCAAGCGCAGCCAGCUCGCGGCGCUCAAUGCCUCCGGCCGAGGUCUUGACGUCACAGGCAUCUGCCGCGUCCACGAGAUUCAGCUCCAGCCUCUGCAAUAUUCCAAGACGGAAUCAACCGGCGGCGCCGUAGGAAUCUGCGAGCGGUGCCGACACACGCAGACCCAGCUUACCUGUGUCUUUUGCCACGAACCCAUGGAUGCACUGUACUCGGCAUGCUUAGGGUGUGGCUGCGCAACCCACGACGCAUGUCUUGCGGAAUGGCACGGCAUGGGCGAGACGGAGUGUCCUGCGGGCGACGACUGCGCGUGUGUCGAAGAGGCAGACAAGGGCCAAGUGGAGACAUGGGUUGCGAUGAGGGCUGCGCUCGCAGCGAGGGAGAGA